AUGCACGCUUUGUGUGCGCGCCGCUUCCGCUCAUCCGUCCUGAACACCCCGGCACCAUCUCCAGAUUAUAUCCUCUAUGCCCGUGGCAUUGAAGACGCUGACGAUGACUUCAAGGAAGUCGAUCACUACCCAAAGACCGAGCUUGAAUGGUUGGCGACGAUAGCUUUCAAUUACGCCGUGGACUACUUCUUGCAGGAGAACGACAGUAAGUGUAAGGAUUGGGCAGGUAAGGCCUUGUUGCUGGCGCAGGUCGCUGAGGGAUGUGCUUAUGGCGAAGUAUGCGAUGCCAAAGUGGCCGCCGAUUGA